GGAGGUGAAGAGGCGGAGAGAGAAGAGAAAAGGAGGAAGGAACCAGAGGGAGGAAGGCGAGAGGGACAGAUCCCCCCCCCGGUGCCGGACCCGGACCAUGGUGCUGUGACCCGGCCGGGCCCACUCGCCGCCAUGCAGUUCAACAAGGAGCAGUUCCAGAAGUUGGCCGGGAAGACGCUGGGCCAGGUGCACAGGCUGCUGGAGCGGCGCCAGCCGGGCGGGGAGACGAUCGAGCUGACGCAGGAGGGGCGCGCGGUGGAGGUGUCGGAGAAGCACCAGCCGGUCGUGGACUGCACCUGCUUCGGCCUCCCGCGCCGGUACAUCAUCGCCAUGCUCUGCGGCUUCGGCUUCUGCAUCAGCUUCGGGAUCCGCUGCAACCUGGGCGUGGCCAUCGUCAGCAUGGUCAACAACAACACGGUGUACCGGGGCGACAAGGUGGUGGUGGAGAAAGCCCAGUUCACCUGGGACCCCGAAACAGUCGGGAUGAUUCACGGCUCCUUCUUCUGGGGCUACAUCGUCACGCAAAUCCCUGGUGGCUUCAUCGCCCAGAAAUUCGCUGCCAAUAGGGUCUUUGGCUUUGCCAUUGUGGCCACCUCGACGCUGAACAUGCUGAUCCCGUCGGCCGCCCGGGUUCACUACGGCUGCGUCAUCUUCGUCCGCAUCCUGCAGGGGCUGGUGGAGGGGGUGACGUACCCGGCCUGCCACGGGAUCUGGAGCAAGUGGGCCCCCCCUCUGGAGCGCAGCCGCCUGGCCACCACGGCCUUCUGCGGCUCCUACGCAGGCGCAGUGGUGGCCAUGCCGCUGGCCGGGGUCCUGGUCCAGUACUCGGGGUGGAGUUCGGUCUUCUACGUCUAUGGCAGCUUUGGGAUCUUCUGGUACAUGUUCUGGUUGCUGGUUUCCUAUGAGAGCCCAGCUCAGCACCCCACCAUCACGGAGGAGGAGCGCCGGUACAUCGAGGAGAGCAUCGGGGAGAGCGCCAGCCUCAUGAACCCCCUGGUGAAAUUCAAGGCCCCCUGGCGCAAGUUCUUCACCUCUAUGCCCGUCUACGCCAUCAUCGUCGCCAACUUCUGCCGCAGCUGGACCUUCUACCUGCUGCUCAUCAGCCAGCCGGCCUACUUCGAGGAGGUCUUCGGCUUCCAGAUCAGCAAGGUGGGCCUGCUCUCCGCUCUGCCCCACCUGGUCAUGACCAUCAUCGUCCCCAUCGGGGGGCAGAUCGCGGAUUUCCUGCGCAGCCGCAGGAUCAUGUCCACCACCAACGUCCGCAAGAUGAUGAACUGCGGAGGCUUUGGCAUGGAGGCGACUCUGCUGCUGGUGGUGGGUUAUUCCCACAGUAAAGGCGUCGCCAUCUCGUUCUUGGUCCUUGCUGUGGGCUUCAGUGGCUUCGCUAUUUCAGGGUUCAACGUGAAUCACCUGGACAUCGCCCCGCGUUACGCCAGCAUCCUCAUGGGCAUCUCCAACGGGGUGGGCACCCUCUCGGGCAUGGUCUGCCCCAUCAUCGUCGGGGCCAUGACCAAGCACAAGACGCGGGAGGAGUGGCAGUACGUGUUCCUCAUCGCCUCGCUGGUGCACUACGGGGGGGUCGUGUUCUACGGGAUCUUCGCCUCGGGCGAGAAGCAGCCCUGGGCCGAGCCGGAGGAGACCAGCCCCGAGAAAUGCGGCUUCAUCCACGAGGACGAGCUGGCCGACGAGGAGGACGAGGCCGCCCGGGGGGCGGGCGACGGGGGCGGGGGCGGCUACGGGGCCACCAAGAGCACCAGCUUCGCCAACGGGGGCUGGGCGGCCGACUGGGACAAGAAGGAGGAGUUCGUGCAGGAGCCCGGCAAAGACACCUACAUGUACGGGGCACCGCGGGAAAGGGACCUGUCCUAGGGACCCCCCGAAUCUCCGCCUCCCCCCAGGCACCUCUGCGGUGGUACAGUCCAGGAGGGUGGGGCCACACUUGGCCACACCCCCAGUCUUCAGGCCACACCCCAGUUGCCCCCCACUACAUUGGUACAGUCCAGGGGGUGGGACCACACUUGGCCACACCCCUAUUCUGCAGGCCACGCCCCAAUCCCCCGCUGUGUUGGUACGGUCCAGGGGAACGGGUCUGAGCACACACACACCCAUUCCUCCACUGCAUUGGUACAAUCCAGCAAGGUGAGGUGGAGCUAAGUUAGGCCACACCCAAAUCCGCCCCAAGUGCCACUGAGCCAGGGGGUGGGAUUUAUUUUGGCCACUCCCAAAUCCCCCACUGCAUUGGUAUAAACCAAGGGGGGGCGGGGCUGAGUUAGGCCACACCCCCACUCUGUGGGACACAGCCCCCUUCAUUGGUGCCAUCCAGGAGGGCGAGGGAGUGGAGCUGAGUCAGGCCACACCCCCAAGCCCUUCAGCCCCACCCAACCCCCUCCCCACUCACUGGGGUCCACCCUAUUGGUACAAUCCUCUCCCCACCCUCCUCCACAAGCCACGCCCAAAUCCUGUCCCCUCUGGGCACCACCAUUUGGUCUGGCCCAUCAGGGCGAGGGGGUGGCACUUAGGGUUAAGUUGCCCUGCCCCCCCGGGCCAGCGGCAAUGGUACGACCCAUUUGAGGGGUGGUGGGGAAGGCCCCUGACCCCAUUGACAGGGGUCUGGGGGGAGAGCAGGGCAGAGGUUAGACCUUUGACCCUGAGGUCAGAAGGUCUUGACCUUUGACCCUUGGCCUCUGCGGGGCACCACUUGACCUUGAGAUCAAAAAGCCUUUGACCUCAAGGCUCGGCCUUGAGCCCAAGUUGACCAUGAGGUUCAUGAGGUUUGACCUUUGACCUUGAGGCUCCCACCUGCCCCAUAAUAAAUCCCCCCCCCCCAGCAGGCCUGGGGGGCAGCACUAGGGUUCCAUGGGGGGGGAGAGCAGUGGAGAGGGAUGGGGGGGGGAUGCCCCAGACUGUGACCCCAGGGUUCAGUCUGACACCGUCUUUACAAAGUGACAUGACAAAUGGCGGUUUUGAGCCACCCCUCAUGAGCCAGUCGGCGGUUUUGAGACGCCCCCCACCCGCUGCUCCUUCUCCGAGCUGCCCGUCCUGGCGGCUCCCAGCCACAGCCGAGAUGACGGUUUCAAGCUGCUCCCUGCAUUCUCGGUUGGCAGGUUCGACACCCCACAAGCUGCAGGUGGUGGGUUCGAGACACUUCACACGCUCUAGCUGGGGGGUUUGAGACACCCCGGGCGCUCCAGCUGGCAGUUUCAAGUUACCCUGCAUAUUUUAUGUGACGGUUUCAUGUUACCCUGUACAGCUCUAACCAGCAAUUUCAAGCCGCCCCACGUGUCCUAGAGGGCAUCCAGUCAGGCUGGCUGAUCCAGUUCUAGCUGGUAGUUUCGGGACACCCCACACAAUCCAGCCACUGGUGCCAAGCUGCCCUGCAUGUCCUAGCUUGCUGGGUCACGGUUGCUGCAUCGCAAUUCUCCUGGGUAUUUUCCAACUGCCUUGCUUCCUUCAGCCGGCGGCUUCAAGUCACCCCACAGCAUCCAGCUGGCAGUUUCAGGCCACCCCAACCCAGCCACCUGGUGGUUUCAAGCCACCCAACCCCAUCCAGCUGGCAGUUUCAGGCCACCCUAACCCAUCCAGCUGGUGGCUUCAAGCCACCCAGCACAUUCUUAGUCCAGGGCUCCAAACAAGUCAGUGCCCUCUAGUUGGCAGUUUCAUGCCCCCCUCUUACAUAUGACAGUUUCAAGUCCCCCCCCCCUUGCAUUCUCUGGAGCCUCAUAGACACCUAUGGAGUGAGGCCUGGCCCUACCCAACAUCCCAACCCCCCCCCCUCCCCUGGUUCAGCCCUGUCACUGCCCAGUUCCUCCUAAUUAGAGGCAGGUGGCGAUGCUGUGGGCUGGGGGAUACCCCCAAAAGUGUGUGGGGGGGAGACCUGAGCCCCCGGUUCCCUUCCCCACCCCACAGCUCUGGCAUUGCAGGGUCCGCCUGGCGUUGAGUGUACGUGUCUCCCCCCACCCCCAUUGGAAUAAACCAAUUCUUGUGUAAAUAUAUAAAUAUAAAUUAUAUACGGGGCCGAGAGCGGGGCCGGGCCUGUGAGAGCUUCCUUCCUGCGCCGGGGGGGCAGUGGGGGGGCGGAUCACUGACCCUCUGUCCAGCCCCAUGGCCCCCCCAUCUGUCCAUGCAUCCCCAGCCGCCCCUUCUGCCUGUCUAUCCCCAUAUACCUCUCCGUCCAG